CCUUUCAGCUGCACCCCGGUGCUGGUCUGUGCCCCCUCGUCCCGGGCCGUGCUGGGUGCCCCGCGGGGUUACCCGUGACCCCGACGCUGUUCGGCAGAAGGGCAGAUAAGAGACUGAAGGGCAAACAAAACAGCCAUGAUCCUCUGGACCAACGCCACAGUGCCCAACCCCCUAGAGGAGGCCCAGAGCACCAGGGAGGUGCAGAGGUCCGAGUGCGUCCUGGGGUUCAUCCCUGUCAUCUAUUACAGCGCCCUCCUCUGUGUGGGAGUACCAGUGAACAUCCUGACGGCGGUGGCUCUGUCCCGGCUGGCGUCCCGCACUAAGAAGGCACUGUAUGUGUACCUGCUGGCUCUGACGGGGGCGGACAUCCUGACGCAGCUCUUCAUCAUCUUCGUGGGCUUCCUGCUGGAGACGGCGGUGUUCCACCGGCAGGUGCCGGAGCUGCUGCUGCACUCCGUCAGCAUGCUGGAGUUCGCCGCCAACCACGCCUCCAUCUGGGCGGCAGUGCCGCUGACGGUGGACCGCUACGUGGCGCUGUGCCACCCGCUGCGGCACCGGCGCAUCAGCUACCCGGCGCGGGCGCGGCGCGUGGUGGGCGCGGUCUUCGCGCUGGCGCUGGCGUCAGGCGUGCCCUUCUUCUGGUGGUCGGACAUGUGGCGGGCGAGCCACCCGCCCACAGCGCUGGACGGCGCGCUGAUCUGGACGCACGUCACCAUCAUCUACUUCCUGCCGUGCGGCGUGUUCCUGGUGCUGAACUCGCUCAUCAUUCGCCGGCUGAGCGCGCGGCAGCGUCAGCCGCAUUGCGGGGAGGACGCCGGGCCCCGCCCCCCCCCGCGCCGCCUCGGCAAGACCACAGCCAUGCUGCUGGCCAUCACCUCCGCCUUCUCUGUGCUGUGGGCCCCGCGCACGGCCGUGGUCAUCUACCACCUGUACGUGUCGUCCGUCUACAGCGACUGGCGCGUGCACCUGGCCUACGACCUGGCGAACAUGCUGGCCAUGCUCAACACCGCCGUCAACUUCUUCCUGUACUGCUUCGUCAGCAAGGCCUUCCGUGCCGCCGUGCGGGACGUGCUGCUGCUGAGGGCGGGGCCUCUGCACCCCGGCCACGCCCCCUGCCACCAGCCCGUCCCCGCCCACGCCGCCUCCACCUCCUCCCUGUCCAGCGGGUCGAAGCGGACCCAGCGGGACACCACGCCCCUACCCCCCCGCAGGAACAGUGUGAGCAAGUGA